CCAGUAUGUAUAGAGUGACUGUGAGCAGAAGGCAGUCAAGGAACAUUCAGCUUUAGCGCCUGCACUGCUUAGCUGUAUGUUCACAACAGAGCCUUGUCUGGGGCAAGAGGGCAGCAGGCCAUGCAUGAGCACACAGUCAGAGAGAUAAUGGUGCCCAGCUACUCUUAGGAACUAAAGAGAGUUUAGCUGUCCAUGUUUUCACUGGUAGGCAGUCUCUGUCUUUGCUAAAAGAGAGCACUGGGACUUUUGUUUGCUCCUUAAUAGGUUCCAAGUUUUUUUUUGUUCAUCUCAGCCCUUUUGUCAAACAUGGGGUGCUCCUCGUCCAGUGCACAGACUGUUGAUCAAGAGAAAAGACCAGGUACAAAGCCAGAGGAGAGCAAUGGAGAUACAUUAGCAGUCCGAAACGGUAUCAUCGCAGAAGAUGCUCAAACCAUCGAGGACCAGAUGCAGCUGCCCGUGCAGACUGCUUUACCAGAUGAUCUUCAACCAGGAACCGAUGAUGAGACAGAGGCGGUGUUAGUGGCCCUGGAGGCCCAGGAGGAUCUUGGCUCUGGAGAGGACCUUCUGGCAGCUCCUGAACCACGGCCAGAACCUGUUGCCCCUGAAGAGCCAGCUCCAGAGGCUCCGGCUGCUGCUCCAGCUGCUGCUCCAGCAGAAGUCUUUACUGAACCCGAAGCUGCUGUAGUGGUGGUGGAGGCACUACCCCUUGUAGAGGAAGUUGCCCCUGUAGAAACUGUAGUGGCUGAGGCCACCCCUGAGGUCGAAGCCCUUGCUGAGGCUGCAAAGGAGGCCCCCGUCGUUGAAUCUGUUGUAGCAGUGCAGGCAGAGGCCCCUGCUGUCGUUGAGGGGGUUACUGCUGUGCCAGCUGAGGCCUCUCCUGAAGUUGCCACCCCUGCUGUUGAACCCGUUGUAUCCGAGCCAGCAGAGGACCUAGUAGUUGUGGAAGAGGCAGUAACCGUGUCCGCUGAGGCGCCUGCAGAAGUGGCUGCUCCUGUGGAGGCAGAGGCUCCGACUGACAAUGUGGCACCAGAGACUGCUUCAGCAACACCAGCUGAAUCCUCAGAACCAGGUGAAAUUUCAGCACCAGCACCAGCUGAGGCUGCGGCACCAGGUGAAGCUAUAGUACCAGAUGAGGCUUCAGCACCGAGCGAAUCCUCAGCACCUGUAGAGGCUGCAGAGCCUGUCAUAGAUACCGAGAUUGCUGCAGCAACUAUUCCAGAGAUGCAUCCAUUAUCUCCAGUCAGAGUUGAGGUCAGCGCUGAGACUCAGCCUGCUGCUGAAGUGGCAACAGAACCUCCUGCAGCCUCUGCUGAGACUGCCCCACCAGCAGAAGCACCCUGCCCCACGGAGGCCACCCCUCCUGUGGCUCCAGAAGCUGAAUCUGCUGCUGCUGAGUCGAUCCAGAUGGCAGAGGCUUCAGCAUCCACACCAGCCAUUUCAGAGACGCCCGCAGAAGUAGCCCCAGAAACAUCACCAGCAACUGUGACCUCAGAGUCCAUGGUGGUCAAUGCAGCCCCAGCAGAGGCUCCUGUGGUUGAGCCCACCCCAGCACCAGCCCCUGAACCCUCACCCACAGUGGUGUGUGCAACAGAAGCCUCUCAGGAUACAGAGAGCAAGAAAACCAAAAAGGAGGACUGAGUUGGUGGAAGAAAUCUACCAAAAUAUGAAAACAAAUGCAAUGUGUCCUGGGAAGCGACAAAACAAACACUACAUUUACAGUAUUGACUCAUCAGCUCUCACCAAACCAAAUUACACCAGAUACAUUAAUAUGUGAGGUGCCUUAAUAACUCCUUUUUCAGGAAAAGGAUUUCUCCUAAAUUUGUAAAUAUAAACCUUUAUGAUGAGUUUUCCUACUGAGACCUGAAGUGCCUGGAGCCACAGGUGGGGCUUUUCAUGCAAAGUGCGAUGAAACCACCUAGAACAGGUAACAUGAGACAAGAUGGUGCAAUACUCUGUGAAAUCUGUGAACUCUUGCUUUAGAGAUUGUUUAGCGUGGAAGUGUGUUGAAGUGUAGAGAAUGAUGCUUAGAGUAAAUCCUUGACUAUUUAAAGUAGCUGCUUCUGAGGAAUACAAGCCAAACACGACUGUGAAUAAAAUGAUGCGAAGAGAUUGGAGUGACACCAAACUGUAUAAGACCACCUACAGGAAAGUGAUUUUAAAAGAUCACAUUUUCACAGAUUGAAUUUUUACAUUUUCUGAAAUGUAUAUUCUGCCAUAAAUCCACAUUUUGUUUGGUGUUUACACAUUAUUUAAUGGCUGCCUUUCUAAUGAGGCUCAUUUAAUUAAUAGGAAUGACAGUACUAAUUGCUGAGUAGCAGAGUGUACAGUGUAAUAUUGAUAAGCACUACUGUAAGUCAUCUUUUCAUAUCACUUUAUCCGUUUACAUUGAAAAAUGAUGAAUAAAAUCUGUGUUGCGUAAGGAAAUAAAAAUGCAUAGAGAUGAUUGGACGCAUGUGCAAAAGAUUAGUAAGGACACAAUGAAUCAUCACCAGGUUGAGGACACAGAUCCAAGUGUCGAUAUGUAAUCUUGCUGUUUCAUGAAGCCACUUUGUGCAGCUGGCAAAUGUUCAUAAAAAUAUCUUCCUUCUUUCCAGCUACCUUUAAAGGCAUCAUGAGGCCUGGCAACACUGAUGUAACAUGCACAUAGGAUUUGCUUCCGAGUGCAUUAUAUACAUGCAUAGCACAGUAAGAGAUAACCUAGUGGACAUGAUAUUUAAAUUCUCAUUAAUUCUACAUGCUGUGUUUAAAAAGAGUCAAGGUCUUAGAAAAUUAUUUUAACUGAUUAAGAUGUGAUGGACUCUAUGGGAACAAAAAUCUGUUUGUCUGAUAUCUUUUUUCAUCUUUCUUUCUCUGUAAUAUAUUCAUUCUCUGAGCUCUGUCUGUGAUUCUGCUAA